AUGUCAAGUGCUCUCCACAAUACCGCAUUGGGCGGGCUCAUCCGCCUGGUCACCAGAAACAAGACCCUCAAGUACCCAGAAGAGGAACCAGAUUUCAAACUGCCAGAGACAUGGAUCCAGCUCAUGAACGACGAGAUACUGGGCGAACCACCUGCAUUCGGCAGCAUCCCCAGCUCGGAAGAGACGCUGCCGUACACACAGGAUCGUCUCGAGGUCGACGAGAUGCACGAGAUGGAAAAGACAAAGUCGAUCCCAGUCGUGCCGCGCAGGACCAAGGACGGGGCGAUCCUCGUGGACUGGUACUACUCAGACGACCCCGAGAACCCGCAGAACUGGUCCAGCCUGCGCCGCGCCCUGGUCACCACCAUCAUCUGCCUCUACACCUUUGUCGUGUACAUGUCCUCGGCCAUCUACACCACCUCUGAGGAGGGCGUGAUGGAGGAGUUUGGCGUCGGCAAGACCAAGGCCGCCCUCGGCCUGUCCCUGUUCGUGCUGGGCUACGGCACGGGCCCUCUUCUCUUCAGCCCGCUCUCUGAGCUCCCGGCCGUCGGCAGGAACCCCGUCUACGUGGUCACCAUGUUCCUCUACACCAUCGUGUCCAUCCCCACGGCGCUGGUCGGCAACUACCCGGGCCUCAUGGUCCUGCGCUUCCUCCAGGGCUUCUUCGGCUCGCCCUGCCUGGCCUCGGGCGGCGCCUCGGUCGGCGACAUGUACAGCCUGCUCAGCCUCCCCUACGCCAUGAUCGCCUGGGUCAGCGCGGCCUACUGCGGCCCCGCCCUGGGCCCCCUGCUGAGCGGCUUCAGCGUCCCCGUCAUGGGGUGGCGCUGGUCCCUGCUGGAGGUGAUCUGGGCGGCCAGCCCCGUGUUCCUGCUCAUGUUUGUGCUGCUGCCCGAGACGAGCGCGCAGGCCAUCCUGCUGCGGCGGGCCCAGCGGCUGCGCAGGCGCACAGGCGACGCGCGGUUCCUGUCGCAGAGCGAGAUUGACCAGCGCCACAUGAAGGCGUCGGCGGUGCUGGUGGACGCGCUCAUCAAGCCGCUCGAGAUCACGCUCAAGGACCCGGCCAUCCUGUUUGUGCAGAUCUACACGGCCAUCAUCUACGGCAUCUACUACAGCUUCUUCGAGGUGUUCCCGCUCGUCUACCCCGUGUACUACGGCAUGACCCCCGGCCAGAUCGGCCUCGUCUUCCUGUGCGUCCUCGUGGCGUGUCUCGUCGGUAUCGCCAUCUACACCAGCUACAUCUACUUCUACAUGAAUCCCCGCAUCCGCGCCAAGGGCUGGCCUGUCCAGGAAACCCGCCUCGUGCCCGCCCUCCUCGCCUCGUUUGGCCCCACCCUCGGCCUCUUCAUCUUCGCCUGGACCGCCGCCCCGCGCUUUCCCUGGAUCGCGCCCACCAUCGGCAUUACCGUCUAUGGCGCGACUGUCUUUGUCGUCAUGCAGUGCCUGUUUGUCUAUAUCCCCCUCAGCUAUCCGCAGUAUGCCGCCUCCCUGUUUGCAGGCAACGACUUCUUCCGCAGCGCCAUGGCCUGUGGUAGUAUCUUGUUCGCGGGCCCGCUGUACGGCAACUUGGGCGUGGCAAGGGGGACGAGUCUUCUGGGGGGCUUGAGCACGAUUGGCAUCCUUGGCAUCUUUUUGCUGUAUAUUUAUGGCGCCAGGCUGAGGGCGCUGAGCAAGUUUGCCGUGUCGUCGUCUGAGGAGUGA